UCAUCCCUUUCUCAGCAAUCAAACGACCGUAAAGUAACGGAGUAGAGAGAACCGAAGAGGGUGACGUGAAUGCCUCCUAGGGUUCACGUGCCCCGUGAACCGAAGGGUCCACUGAAUCCGAACUCGUCUGAAACGGUGAAACCCUAAGCUCUGCUUCUCUGGUCUGAGUGGCCUCUUGUUCUCCUCCCCGUCUCAAUCCCAAAUCAUAGAUCGAAAUCGUUAAUCGUUGCUGUUGCCGUCGGCAAACUCUGCACUCUCUAGUUCUCCGUUCUCCCAUCUCUGGACUCUGAUUUCUCUCCAUCACUUCGAAGUUGCAAUCGGUAAGCACCCUGCGCCCAUUCUCACUUUCUCAGCUCUGUUUAGUUCAAGCAAGGAACGGCAGAACACGAAUAGUCGAACAGGCACAACACAAGCAAAGCAAGCUCUGUCUGGCGCCAGUCCGUUGCUUCGCCGUCCGACGCUCCAGUGACCAACGCUCCGUUGCUUCGCCGUCAGGUCUUUUUGAUGCCAAAAGCUCAUUUGGAGCUUUUUUGCCAAAUGUUCUUUUGAUUGGGUUUUGGCUUCUCCAAUGUUAAAAGGAACAAAAAGCCCAUUGGAUAAACACUCCCAAAUGCGGGGAUCCUCCAUAGGCAUCCAAGAAAUUCCAUAUGGGCAGUGCAGAGGCUAGGGUUACAUGUACUGUUUCGUCAACUUUGCCUGGACUGCAAAAAAAUCAAGGAUCAGCUGCAACACCUGUGGCUAACGCAAAACCAAAAAAGAUAUGUUGUGCUUGCCCCAACACUAAAAGGCUCAGGGAUGAGUGCAUUGUGGAGCAUGGUGAAGCUGCUUGCACAAAAUGGAUCGAGGCUCAUCUUGCUUGCCUUCGUGCAGAGGGAUUCAAUGUUUGAAAUUGAUGAAUAUGGAUGAAGUGAUGAGAAUAAAGGAGUCCAACAGUUUUGCUUAAAUGAUACAACAAACUUUUAAAUUCUGGCUCUAUUUUCCCAGAAGAGUCCCUCUACUUUUAACUGUAGAAACACGGAUGAAUGACUCCAUUUUUUAAUAAAAUUAGACAAAUACAUUUCUAAUUUCUCAAUUUGGAAUCUUUGUACUCAUAUCAAGGGAAUAAAUCAGUCUUGAUUUCUUCCAAGCAUAUUUCUGUUCUUGCAGAGGUUGAAAUCUGAAUAUUGGAAGGGACUGAUCAGUUCUUUAGAGUAAUAGGUCGAGGAUAAAUGAUUCAUUUUAAGUGAAGACAAGGAUCUUGUAUGAGGGAUCAGUAAGUGAUGGUUUAAUGAUCUCAUCCAAGUCUCAAAUCCUUUCAGUUGAUCA